GACAAUAUUUAAUGUUGAUUUCUUAUUCAGUCGUCUUUUUCAGUGCCAUUGUUUGGCAACAAGUUAACUCAGCAACAAUCACUAGUAGCGGGUAUGCUCCUCAAUUCUCUCCGAUCUUUCCUAAUCUCAAGACACCCACCGGUGUGGUUACAUCGUAUAAUCCCGGACCUUAUGAUAUUUCUGCCACAUUAUCCACUGAACCUCUUACUGGAUUUCCUGAGCCAUGGGCGGCACCUCCUACGAAUUCUGCGGAGGUCUUGGCUGCAUAUAAUUCAAUUGACUGGAGCAAAGUACCCAAUGCGCCUGUUAGAAAACAAAAUCCGGAUGGUACUUGGGUAGUUAAGUCUGACGGUGCAACUGAUCCUUACUGCUGGUGGUCUUCCACUAAUUGCCGUACUCCUAAGGCAUCUUAUUUACCUCCUGAUAUUUACACCUGUCCCAAUAAGGGAGAUUGGGGUCUUAACCAUGACGAUGGACCGUUCAAUAGAUACACGGAUUCUAACGCUGCUAUAGAAAAUCCGUACGCUGAACCUGUUCUUUAUAAUUUUUUAGCUACUCAUAAUGCACACUCUUCACUUUUUUAUAUUGGUUCUAAUGUCGUCAAUUACCCCGCUGCAGCAAAACGUGGUUUAAAUGAUGGACAUCAUCUUUGCGUGCACACUUGGUCUCAUCCUCCUCUUACUACCCAGACAAAUUCUCAAAUUGUUGCUGAAUUCUAUUGGACGCUGAAAGCAAUUAAGGCGGCUACGGGUGUCACCUCUAAAUGUUUCCGUCCUCCUCAAGGUGAUGUUGAUGAUCGUGUACGUGCUAUUGCUUGGCAGAUGGGCAUGCGAAAUAUUCUUUGGGACGCAGAUACUAACGAUUGGGCCAUGCCUGCACCUGGUGGAGGAAGCCUUUCUCCCAAAGUAGUGGACUCUUAUUUUCAAGGUUGGAUCAAUGCUUACAAUUCUGGUAAAGAUACAGCUGGGCAUAUUGUCCUUCAGCAUGAAUUGAAUAGUGCCACUGUAAAUAUGUCCAUGUUUUGGUUACCAAAAAUUCAGAAUGUUUUUAAUGUGGUUCCUGCUUUGGCAUGUAAUGGUAUUACCCAGCCUUAUUGGGAGACAAAUUUUGUAUACCCCAUCACAAAUCCCGUAAAUCCCCCUGCCACGUAUACUGUAACUGCAACAACUACAAAGGCGGAAACAACAACAUCGGCAGAUUCCUCAGUACCUUCAAAUGCAAACUGUUUACCAGGAUCGUUUGGUUAUGGCUUUGGAGACGGUUAUGGCGGGUAUUGUUGUAAGACUGAACAAGACUGUCUUGACAACUGUCUUGGGGGAGCUUGUACCGGCCCUACCAACCCCGUUGCUACUAAUACCCCAGUAAAUACAAUUAGAACCAGUACAAUUACCACAGCCAAACCUGGUACAACUACUCGUACCAUUUCUACAAAAACUACCACUAAAAAAACUACAACUACAAAGGCUACCACGAUUAAACCUACUCCUUCUGCUGGUUCAUGUAUUGCCGGCUCCAGCGGUAAAAAGCUAGGCGAUGGUAAAAUUGGUUAUUGUUGCACCACAAGCGAUGAUUGCCUUGAUGUCUGUCGAGGUACCGCGUGUGACGUAUAG